AUGCUCAAAUAUUUUUAUUGCGGAAAAAUCGAACUGGAUUUUGAAAAUGCUAUAGAUAUUUUAAAGUUAUUAAUAGCUAUCGAUGAGUUUGGACUUUCUAUACUCGUCGAACAUAUUCAAGAAUUCUUUAUCAAUAAUCAAUUAAAAGUUGACCCAGUUGGAAAUCUUAAAUUAAUAUUCGAGAAUCAAAGCUUCGAAGCGUUACAAGACUUAUCAUUGGAAAAGUGGUACCUGGAGACUCGAUAUCUAGAGGCAAUAUUUCAAUUAAGGCAAUUAGACGAAACAUGGUUAUGA